AUUAUCUUUUUAAAAAAUAAAAAAUAAAUAAAAUUAACUGUAACUAUAGUUAGAUGAAUGUUUUGUUAAGCCUAAAAUGACAUAAGUGUUGCUUUGAUUACUUAAUUAAAUGUCUUUUCCCUGUUUAAAAAUGUGAUUGCUUCUUCUCUCUUAAAUUUGUAAAUUUCAUGAGAAAUUGAUUAUUUUUCUCCUACUUCAUUGAAACGUGAUCUCCAACUAACUCCAUUUUAUAUUAAGAGAAAUUAUCCGAACUUAAUCAAUAUAUAAAUGAUGAUGAUUAUUAUAAGAUUUAACCUAUUUUCUACCAGCAGUUGUAUUAACGUCAUAAUAAUUAAACAGUGUAUUAAUUGAGUUCGAGUAAAAUAAGGAGAUAGAAUGGAUCAAUGUAUAACCAAAAUGGAAGAUUGGCAACUUGUAAGGAAAGAUGGAGAAAUUUAUCAUUUACCAUUUGGAAUGAGCUUUAUAGGUCGAGAAGAAUGUGAUAUCACACUGCAGUCUCACAGUGUAGAUAAAAGGCAUGCUGUAAUAUUUUAUGAUUCAUCAGAUAAAGAAGUUAGAAUUAAAGAUCUGAAUAGUCUUACUGGUACUCAUGUCAACAGUGUUCGCAUUCCUGAACAAUCAUAUGUAAAGUUAAAGCAUCUGGAUUGCAUAAGAUUUGGAUAUGAUAUCCUUUCUAAUAUUUAAAAUUUUGCUUUGUUUUAGGUGUAUGUGCAUGCAUAUAUGUUUAACAUAUAUUAUUAAUAAAAUUCAAGUAUUACAGAUACUUAUAGCAAUAAAUUUGUUUUUCAUUUAAAAUUUUUAUGAUGAAUCAAUUAUAUAACAAAAAAUUGAUUAUAUUUUCAUUCAUAAUUAUUAUUAUCCAGUUAUUAUCUAAAACUAUAACUUGUAAUAUAGAAAAUUUCUGCAAAAUAUGAAUUAAUAUGUAACAGUAACAAUGUAGCAAUCAGGUUUCAUUGUAUAUAGCCUAAUAUAAACAGUCAAAUCUGAACAAUGUAUCUGAACACUAUAACAAUGUAUAAUAUUUAUAAUAUACUAGCAGACCCUGCCACGCGUUGUUGUGGCUCAAAAUGUAUCUAUUAUACAUGUAUAACACUUUCCCCAUGGGG